UGUCCGGGCACACGCCGUCAUGCAACUUGGCCAUGGGCGCUUGACCCUUGCGACCAACUGGCCAUUGGUUGCACCGCGCCGCGGAGUGCGGCGUGGAUGGCCUCCUGCUCAGCCCGUCCGCGCUUUCGCUAUCGCGGCACCUGCGGCGUAUUCGGCAUGGGUUAGCGCCUCGGUGGGUUUGGGCGCUUGGGCUGCGCUGGCGCUUGAACGCACUGCUCUGGGACGCAAGGUGACCAGUCCGUUGUUGUCCUUCUUCUUCGGCUGGGCGCUGAAGGCUUUGGGCCUGCUGCGUGACGCGCAGAGCGCCGAGCGCUUGGCCUCGAGUCUCUUGCCGGCGGCGCUGCCGUUGAUGGUCCUCUCAGCCCAGACGGCUGAGGGCGGCAGCUCCGGCAACGAAAUCUGGUCUGUGCUAGGGGCCUUCGCCGUUUGCACUUUGGCUUCCUGCGGUGCCGCCGUCGCCGCCUUCGCCCUGUCGCACGCGGGAAACGCCGGUUGGGCGCCAGUCGCCGGCCUCGCGGCGCUGUCUGCGCCCACCGCCGCGAAGAUUUGCGGCGCCCUGGCAGCCACCUACAUCGGGGGCAGCGCGAACUUGGCGGAGGUCGCCUGGAGCUCCGGCCUGGCGCAGGACCAGCGGCUGCUGGGCUGCCUGGCGGCGGCCGAUGUGGUGCUGAUGGGCAUCUACUUUGCGGGCCUCACUAUGGUGGCAAACUGGGCUGCGCCAGCGCAGUCACCGACGCCCGCUUCGGUUGACACUGCCCCGGCUUCGAGGGCGAAGCAGUUGGGCUGGCCGGAGCGGCUGGCGGUGCAGAGUUUUCUGGCGCUGCUGGCCUUGGCCAUCGCCCAGGCCUCAAACACUUUGGGCGCCCGAGUGUUUCGCUUCCCGGGCGCCGGGUCGGCGCUCAGCGUGGCGCUGGCGGCGGCCUGCGCAUGGGUUCUGCGCCGAAAGCGGCGAGAGUGGAGCGUCUGCGGCAGCGCUUCAUACGUGGCGCAGCUCUUCCUUGGUUGCUUUUAUACCACGCUAGGCGUGGGCGCCAGCGGCGGCUUCCAUGACGCGGGCGGCAUCUUCCUCCUCUCCGGAGUGGUGCUGUUAGGCCACGUGGUGCUUGCGGCUUUGGGCGCGGCGGCGCUGAAUGCAGCAAGGCCCAGGCUGGUGCGCUUGCCGGUGCUGCUGGUGGCAAGCAAUGCUGCCGUUGGGGGGCCGUCCACAGCGGCCACCUUCGCGGAAAGUAUCGGGCAGCCCCGCCUGGUGAUACCCGCGGCUCUCAGCGGCACCGUGGGCUAUGCCAUUGGCAGCCCGAUCGCCUACGCGUUGAUCAGAUCCUUUAGCUCCUGACCAGCUUCUCUGAAGGAUCCGAAGGAGCGCGUUUCUUCGCGACUCGGAGGUCUUGCCGGCGGACGCCUGAGUGCCACAAGAUCCGAGAUCGGCGGGCUGAGUCAAGAGACAUUCGGCCGGUAAAUUCUCGGUAAGCCUGUUGGGAGCUUGCCGAGGAGUUUGAGGAGUUUGGAGUUUGGGAGACAUAGGUGCGCAAGUCCUUGAC